GUCCCCAACUGUACCUAGGUUCAUUUAUUAUAAAUUUCAUUUAUGCGAAUGUAAAUAAAAGUGACCUAAAUACACUAACGAUAUCUUCACGGGCAAAACAAACACGAUAUUUUGGCGAAUAACAAUCUGAACCUGGCGCAACUAUGAACGGAGUUGGUCGACGUGUUUUAGUUUCAUCAAUUCAAGCUGCAAAAUGCGGAGGAGUCAUCAGUUCAACAAAAGCAAUGUCAUCGUUUGUCGAUUCAUAUAAGUUUGAAACACUGGCAGUUUCUUCCCCAAAGACCAACGUUCUUCAUAUUGAAUUUAACAGGCCUGAGAAAAUGAACACAAUGACUGCAGGAAUGUGGAAAGAAAUGGUUGAAUGUUUUAACAAAGCUUCCAUGGAUGAAAAUGUGAGAUCCAUAGUUUUAUCAGGAAGAGGGAAGUUAUAUACAGCAGGACUUGAUUUGGUUGAAGCAGCAUCCAGUCUCGCACCUUCCGGCAACGAUGUAGCAAGAGAAGCGUUUCGGAUGUAUAAGUUUAUCGGGUUGGCUCAGGAAAGUUGCUCAGCCAUUGAAAAGUGCAUGAAACCUGUUAUAACAGCCGUACACAAUGGUUGCCUUGGUGGAGGUAUGGAUGUAAUAUCAGCAUGUGACAUCAGACUAUGUGAUAAAGAUGCUUACUUCUCCGUAAAGGAAGUGGAUGUUGGUCUCGCAGCCGAUAUGGGAUCCCUGCAGCGACUUCCAAAGAUCCUCGGAAACGAUUCCUUGAUCCGCGAUCUUUGUUUUACAGGAAGAAAAAUGAAAUCGGAUGAAGCUAAAAGUUGUGGACUGGUCAGCACAGUGUAUGAGGACAAGGAGAAAAUGAUGGAAGGAGCUUUUGAACUUGCUGAGUUGAUCGCCACCAAGAGCCCCGUGGCGAUACAGAGCAUUAAAGUUAGUUUGAAUUACGGGCGGAACCAUUCAGUGAACUCGGGGUUGGAACAUAUCAGAUCAUGGAACGCCGCAAUGUUACAAACAGAAGAUAUCAUGAAAUCUGCACAAGCGUUAAUGAUGAAGAAAACUCCAGCGGAUGUAAAAUACUCAAAGCUAUAAUAAUAUGAAUAAAGCAAUAAUAUGAAUAAAGCAAUAUACUCUGUGCAAUUAAAGUAUUAUUAAAUAUUUUAUGUACAAAGUUAAAAUUCAUGGAACAAUAAUAAAGUAAUAAUGUGCAUAGAA